AUGGAUGAAGAGGAGCAGUUUGUGAACAUUGAUCUGAAUGACGACAAUAUCUGCAGUGUCUGCAAGCUGGAGACCGAUACAGGAACCUUAUCUUUCUGCCAUGUCUGCUUUGAACUCAGCAUUGAAGGUGUUUCUUCAGCCACACUUUUGCAUUCAAAGUCUCUACGCGGCCACAGAGACUGCUUUGAGAAAUGUCACCUCAUCGCUAACCAGAAGCUGUCACACUCCAAGGUGUCCCGAAGUGCCUACGAGGGCAUGAAACUUGCCCUAAGCCAAAAACUCAAUCGUAUCAUCCAGUACGCCCAGAACAAAGACAAUGUCCCUUCAAAUGGCUUCAGCCGACGCGGGUCCAAGCUUCUGUGUUACAGCCAGCAGGGCGACCGUAAGCUGUUGCCUCAGUCGGAACCCCAGGUACCCCGUUAUGCUCCCCGCUGGGAAGCGGGGGAAGCGACGAGGUUGCCUGACUAUACAAUGGGGAUGUUGGAGUGCCACACAGCCCAGGAAUUGCGGAUGCUUGAGGGAGACGUGUGGUCCAGUGGCAACAGGAAAGCUCUACACAUCCGUAAUCCACCGUCAGUGGGAGGCCAGACUGAACGCAAACAUCAGAGCCACAGCAGAGAUGAAUUGACUAAAAUGUGUGUUGAUGAGCUGCAUCACUUGAACUCCCAGCUUCUCAUGAAGAUUCAAAAUGUCUUCGAGGAGCUGACUGCGGCCGUGCAGGAGAAAGACUCGCUGGCGUCCGAGCUGCACGUGCGACAUGUAGCCAUCGAGCAGCUUUUCAAGAACUGUGCCAAGCUGCCCUGGUUGCACAUUAGCAGGGCUGGGGUCAAGACGACCGCCAGCAACAGCAAUGGUGUCGGAGGACCUGUGGAGUAA